CUUUUCGACUGCGUGACUCAAGGAGUCCCACUAUUUCCAAACUUCUCUUGCUUAAUUCAAUUUCGCUUCCCCUGUUUGGCUCUUUUGCUAUCAUCUCUAGCUAUCCUCCUCGUUCGUUUAAUUUCGAGGAGAAAAAACUUAGUAUUAAUAUCUAUUUGGUCAGUGUUUGUUCUUGGAUUUGGAGUUUUUCUUGCGAAAAUGAAAGAAAGCAUGGCAAACCCUCUGCAUCUCAAAUCUUUGAACCACAUCUCACUUGUGUGUAGAUCAGUUGAGGAGUCCAUCGAUUUCUAUCAGAAUGUUCUUGGAUUUUUCCCUAUCAGGAGGCCAGGCUCUUUUAAUUUUGAUGGGGCAUGGCUAUUCGGCUACGGGAUCGGAAUACAUUUGUUGCAAACAGAGGAUCCAGAUAACAUUCCAAAGAAGACUGAAAUCAACCCAAAGGAUAAUCAUAUUUCUUUCCAGUGUGAGAGCAUGAGCGCGGUGGAGAAGAAGCUGAAGGAGAUGGGGAUUACUCACGUGCGGGCGAUGGUGGAGGAAGGCGGGAUUCACGUUGAUCAAAUCUUUUUUCACGACCCUGAUGGCUUCAUGAUCGAGAUAUGCAACUGUGACAACCUGCCCGUCGUCCCUCUGGCGGGCGAGAGGGCUCGGCCAUGCUUGCGUGUAAACCUCCAGAUGAUGCAGCAGCAACAGCAGCAGAUCCGAGUGGUCCAUCAAUAGAAGAAUUGUUGGGUGAAGUGCCGAGAAUAAAACCAUCCCAACUAUAGUAUGUCCCAUUUUCGUGUCUCGUUUUGUGUCCUGUUUGUAAUAAGAUAACCUCUUGAACUCCUCUUAGUGGGAAACGGUUGCUUUCCAACUUUAUUAAGAGUUGGAAUUUCCUUGGCUGUCUUGCAUAUUCUGGUCUCAAAUGCCCACGUCGUUGUUGGCAACACCAACUUGACUUCUAAGUCAGUUCCGUGACUGACUCAUGUGGGGUAAGGAGAGGUGAGAAUUGUGCAUGGUGAAGUGAUCACCAACUUCUAGGUUCUACUGUGAGUCUGUGAGAGUUUGCUUUUGUUCACCUGAGAACGUGUAGAAAUUGUAUGUUCCUAUUUGGAUGAAAGAGAUUUUCAUUCUAGUCUAUAAAGACAUUUUAAAGGUUUA